CUCCCUUAUUACACACACCUGACUCAGCAUGUCACUGCAGCACCCUCCGACUGCAUCCUCACUUUAUUACGAACGGAACGACUUGGCGGGUAUUUCAGCCUCCAUCUGUACCGGGAGGACCAUAUCAGCAGGGAUCAGCCCCAACCAGCCCAAAGAAGCGGCAUGCCCCCCGGCUGCGCGCAAGACCUCAACGUCUUCCUCAGCCCUCCACGAGUAAGUGCUGUAACACGCACGAUAAGAUAGUACCUGUACAUUCACCACCACACCGGGCCUGCCAAACGUGAUUGCGAAUCGGCCCGACGCCGCCUCCUCGCGGCCUCAGCGCUUCGAUCACCGAACCCGUAGGCGCAACCAGCGCAAUGCCCGUCACUACGCGAAGCGCUCAACCCACCCCCAAGUCCUUCCCACUCCUCCAUCUGCCGCCCGAGCUCCGAAACCUCAUCUACACUUACGUCCUCAUCGACCCCUCCUCAACCACCCGCAUUCAACUCCGCGACCUCCACCCACCUCCCCUCCUCUCCACCUCACACCAAAUCCGGAUCGAAGCAGCCCCAAUCUAUUUCGCCCACAACACCUUCGUCCUCACCGUCUGCCUCUCCCCCCGAGUCCCCAACCGUGAAGCUCCAGACACUCUCCGCGUGCAUCGCGUCCCCAUACCGCCUUGGAUCCGCACGCUCCCAGCCCCGCUGCAUAUGCGCAACGUCAAGGUGGAAAUCGACUAUGCUUUCCGCUGGGUUGUGGUGACCAUGGCGCAGAAGGAUGGGCCGAUGCGAGUGGUCGAGGCUUGGUUGCAUAAUGGUCGGCAGCAGCUUCCGGUCCUUGGUAUGGGGGAGAAGAUUCAGCGGUUUCUGGAUGAGACGUUGGCGCGGAAGACGGAUGUGGAGGAGGAGCAGGCGGGGUUGGAUUUCAGGGACGUGGUGCGCGUUGCGGGCAGGAUGUGUGGGCAGUGGGCGGGGAGGAUUGUGCCGGGUUGAUUGACGGCUGAAGUAUACUUAUGCGCACAAGCGCUUGAAACGCAAAGCAGAGGACAUGAGGAUGAUGAAAACGACAUGUUGACAAUG